CCUCAUGAAUUGACAACAACAACAAGGGAAAAGGCAAGUUUAGUGACAGCUGUCAUAUUCGUGAUGGGUAAAAUCAGCAAGAUAUUGGUGUGUGGCCAUGCAGGUGUUGGAAAGACUGCCAUAAUUGAGCAGCUUAUGUAUGGAAACCAUAUUAUUGGCACCCCGAUGCAUUCCACAAUUGAAGAUAUCUACACAGCAAUGAUUGAGACUGACAGAGGGGUUAAAGAGAAAGUCAGAAUCUUUGAUACCGGUGGACUGGAUGGGACUAAGACUGACAUGCCAAAACACUAUCUAACUUUCCCUGAUGGCUUCAUUUUAGUGUAUGAUGUCACCAGCUGGGAUUCCUUUCAAAAACUGGAUAAGCUCAAGAAAGACAUUGACAAAAAUCGGGAUAAAAAAGAGGUUCACAUAAUCGCAAUCGGCAACAAUCGCAGCGAGAUGCAGGAUGCCAGGCAGGUGGACUUCAACACUGCACAGUCCUGGGCAGCCCAGCAAAAAGUUCGACUUUGGGAGGCAAAUGUGACAAAUAGGCAGUCACUAGUGGAGCCUUUUGUAUGGCUUACAUCAAGAAUUACUCAGCCACCUAAUAAAACUGGUUUCCUGCCCAGCCGAAAGGCCAAGGGUGCCAGCAAUGCUACGACUGUCGAAUGAAACAUGUCAACUGCCUUCAUAGCUUUACACAUAUGUUAUAUAUUGUGUAAUCAUUUAAGAGAGGUUGUACUUUGUCAAGAUGAAAUUUAGCAGAAUAUUAUAAAUACUUUUUUCCUGGAUGUUAUAUGAAAACUGUUGCAGUUAAAACAGUAUUGUUGGAAUAUUUAAGGUUUUAAAGAAUCUUUCUUAGGCUAUUGCUUGAAUACCUAUUUUUAGCUCACCUGAUUGCUCAGGUGAACUUUUGUGACCAGUCUUUGUCCAUCGUAUGUCCGUCCGUCCGUAAACAUUUGCUUGUAAACACUCUAGAGGUCACAUUUCAUGUCCCAUCUUCAUGAAACUUGGUCAGACGCUUUGUCUCAAUGAAAUCUCGGCCGAGUUCGAAACUGGGUUGUGCCGGGUCAAGAACUAGGUCACUAGGUCAAAAAAAAGAAAAACCUUGUAAACACUUUAGAAGUCACAUUUCAUGCCCAAUCUUUAUGUAACUUUGUCAAAAUGUUUGUCUUAAUGAUAUGUUGGUUGAGUUCAAAAGUGUUUCCGAUCCGUUGAAAAACAUGGCCGCCAGUGGGCGGGGCAGUUUUCCUUAUUUGGCUAAAGAGAAACCUUUUAAACACUCAAGAAGUCACAAUUUUUGCCCAAUCAUCAUGAAAGUUGGUCAAAACAUUGGUUCAAUUGAUGUGUCCGACGAGUUCAAAAAUGGUUGAGAUCGGUGAAAAAACAUGGUCGCCAGUGGACGGGGCAUUUUUCUCUAUAUGUAUAUAGUGGCAGUUUUCCCUAUUUGGCUAUGGAGAAACCCUGUAAACAUUCUAGAAGUCACAAUUUUUGCCCAAUCAUCAUGAAAGUUGGUCUAAGUAUUGAUUUUAUUGAUAUCUCGGACGAGUUCAAAAAUGGUCGGGAUCGGUGAAAAAACAUGGCCGUCAGUGGGCCGGGCAUUUUUCUCUAUAUGUAUAUAGUGAAAACAUGUGAACACAGUAGAAGUCACAUGUUUGGCCCAUUUUUCAUGAAAAUUGCUCAGAACAUUUGUUUCCUUGAUACAAGAGUUGAGUUAAAAAAUGGUUCCGGUCAAUUGAAUAACAUGGCUGCUCGGAGGGGGGGGGGGCAGUUUUCUCAUUAUGCCCCCCCCCCCCCCCUUCACAGAAGAGCAUGUAUAUUGUUUUGCUCAUGUCAGUCCGUCCGUCCACCAGAUGGUUUCUGGAUGAUAACUCAUGAGUGCUUAUGCCAAGGAUCAUGAAAUUUCAUAUGUACAUUGAUCAUGAUUCGCAGAUGACCCCUAUUGAUUUUCAGGUCACUAGGUCAAAGGUCAAGGUCACGAUGACCCGAAAUAGUAAAAUGGUUUCCAGAUGAUAACUCAAGAACACUUUUGCCUAAGAUCAUGAAACUUCAUAGAUACAUUGAUCAUGACUUGCAGAUGACCCCUAUUGAUUUUCAGGUCACUAGGUCAAAGGUCACGGUGACCCAAAGCAGUAAAAUGGUUUCCGGAUGAUAACUCAAGAACGCUUAUGCCUAGGAUCAUGAAACUUCAUAGAUACAUUGAUCAUGACUCGCAGAUAACCCCUAUUGAUUUUCAGGUCACUAGGUCAGAGGUCACGAUGACCCGAAAUAGUAAAAUGGUUUCCGGAUGAUAACUCAAGAACGCUUGGGCCUAGGAUCAUGAAACUUCAUAGGUACAUUAAUCAUGACUCGUAGAUGACCCCUACUGAUUUUCAGGUCACUAGGUCAAAGGUCAAGGUGACCCGAAAUAGUAGAAUCGUUUCCAGAUGAUAACUCAUGAACGCUUAUGCCUAGGAUCAUGAAACUUCAUAGGUACAUUGAUCAUGACUCGAAGAUGACCCCUAUUGACUUUCAGGUCACUACGUCAAAGGUUAAGGUCACGGUGACCUGAAAUAGUAAAAUGGUUUCUGGAUGAUAACUCAAGAACGCUUAUGCCUAGGAUCAUGAAACUUCAUAGGUACAAUGAUCAUGACUGGCAGAUGACCCCUAUUGAUUAUCAGGUCACUAGGUCAAGGUCAUGGUGACCUGAAAUAGUAAAAUGGUUUCUGGAUGAUAACUCAAGAACGCUUAUGCCUAGGUUCAUGAAACGUCAUAGGUAUAUUGAUCUAACUCACAGAUGACUCCUAUUGAUUAUCAGGUCACUAGGUCAAAGGUCAAGGUCACAGUGCCAAAAAACGUAUUCUUACAAUGGCUGUCAAGGUCACGGUGACUCAACUUAGAAAAAUGGUUUCUGGAUGAUAACUCAAGAAUGCUUACGCCUAGGAUCAUGAAACUUUAUAGGUACAUUGAUCAUGACUCGCAGAUGAAAUAAUGAUGAAACUUGACAAGGAUGUUUGUCUGGACAAUAUCUAGGUCAAGUUUGACAUUUGGUAAAGAUUGAAUGAACCAACUCCUCUCAGGUGAGCGAACUAGGGCCAUUUUGGCCCUCUUGUUUAAACAUUUUAGUUCAGAAUCAACAGCAAUAUAAAAAAUAGUAGUUCAGUUUCUCCCUACUUAUUUUUAUGCCCCCGAAGGAUGGCAUAUAGUUUUUUAACUGUCCAUCAGUCCAUCCGUCAGUCUGUCUGUCCGUUUGAAAACUUUAAAAUUGGUCAUAACUUUGCAAUAUUGAAGAUAGCAACUUGAUAUUUGGGAUGCAUGUGUAUCUCACGGAUCUGCACAUUUUGAGUGAUGAAAGGUCAAGAUCAUCCUUCAAGGUCAAAGGUCAAAUAUAUGGCUUCAAAGCGGGACAGAAAGGGGCUUUGUGUUUCUGACAAACACAUCUCUUGUGUAAUAUUUCUCAGCAUUUUUGCAUAAAAAAAUUGAUUAUUAUUCCUAUGUUCAAACACUUGAUCUUUGAAUUGGCCAAAAAUAGAAAUAUGUUUGUUUCCCCAUCCCAACCAACACACUGGAAUUGCAACGACCAGAUGUUCUUUUUUAAUUUGUGGUAAAAUAUUUCUACUGAUUAUAUUGAGAAAUUAUGUAAAAAUGCAAUGUUUACUUAUCUACCUUACUGUGGUUCUCGAUCUGCUCGUGUUUACAACACAGUAAAUCAACAGCGCAAAAAACACUGUAACCAUCAUGGAAGAUAACACCAAGUGCUUUUAAGACUAGAGAACAUUUUGUCAAAAGUAAACAGUUGGUUUACUUACUUGUUUUUGUUAAAAAACAAAUAUAUAUUCAUUUCAACAGUAUGUGAUUUAUUAUUUUUGAAUUAUUUUAUGAAAACUCAAUAAUUGUGAGAUUUGUCUAGUUAUAUAUUUUACAAUCUCGUCCAUUUUAAUCUACAAGUACAAAAUAUAUGUUAAUAGUUAACAAAAUCAAUUUCCAUACCUUCCUACCAAGCACUAUUAGACCUUGGUCUAACAUAGAAACAAACAUAUUUUUAUGUUUGGCCCUAUUAAUUAAAUCUCAGAAUUGUCAUAAUAAAUUAUUGUUAACUGCUUUUAGAUACACUGUAGUUUACUUGGCUUGUGUAUGGUUUAAAUGCUUUAAAUCAUUGUUAUUUCCAAAUAUGUGUUUCUGUUUUCAUAGUUACUGUAGCUGUGUUUUGACAGUGGGAUUUAUAUCAUUUUGUUUCCAUGUGAAGUAAGCCUUUAUUCACUUAUAUUUAUGAGGCAUGAAAACAUGCGGAAAUAGCAGAUAUAGGAUAGAACAAAUGGAAAAGGACAUGCUAAGUUAACAUGGUAAUUGCCCAUACCUUGUUAUGGUGGGAAAUGUGCACUUAAUUUGCUUCACCGAAUUUAAAUAUUAAAUGUGUGCAAAAUACGUGGGCCAUCACGAUUGUCAAUAAUGAAAUGCUUCCAUUUAUUUGUUUUGAACUUAAUAUAGCUGUAUUAAUUAUAUACCUUGACCUUAUUACCGGUAUACUCCCUGUUACAAAGUAAAGGGAUCACAAUGGAUGGACGUCUGUACGUCUGUCUGUUGGUUAUUACAAAUUUAGCUGCAGACAUUCUACUACACUUUUAAAAUUAUCAACUUUCAAACGUGCAGACAUUGUUCCUUAUUGCAUGAAUUUGAACAUGUGAAAUUUUUACCAUCAUGGGUUGAAAAUUACAAAAAGUUAUGCCUCUUUCAACUAAGAAUCAACACAAACUUGUUUGCAGAAUUUCUCAUAGAGUUUUCAUUUUACAAUUUUCAAAUUUAUAGACAUUGUUUCUUAUGAUAUGAAGUUGUGCCUGCUCAAUUUGCAUUGACCUGCAUUAAUAAUUAUAAAGAAAUGCAUUUUUUCUCAAUCAAGAAUUUCUCUUACUAUAUUAGUUUUACUAUAGACUUAAUGAGCCACAAUAUAUCAAUUAUCAUACAUCUUUGAAACAAAAACAUCCACAUGUGUUAUAUAUGGUUUGUUACAUUGUAUACUGACAUCUAGUGACCCUGGGUUCAUGACUUGCCACAUUCAUGUGGUCAACUUGUUUUUAUAGUCUUAAAUAAUAUAGCAACAUAACUUCAGAUUACUCUAAUAUCGCAAAAGCCAAAUAUUUCAUAUUUGGUAUUUUCUUCUGGUUCUCUGCAAUUUUUGUCAAAAAAUGCCCCUGUUGUAAAAAAUUGCCAAGCACAAGGGCCAAUUUUUUAUUGCUACAUAAUGCUGCAAGAGACAUCAGGUUUUUUUUUGUACCACUGUUACAUGUCUUACUUUAUGUUGGUUUAUAUAAGGCCACACCUAACUGAUCAGUUGUUUGACUAAAUGUGUACUCAGAAUCUAGUGCGAGCCAGACUGAUCUAGGAAAAUAUUUUUUUAUAAUCAGGGUUGAGAGAAAUAAUAAUACCAGUUAUUUUUUACAUAAUUGAUAAACAUCUCUUUCAAACUCGUUUCACCUUAUUACAUACUAUCACUUUGUACUUUUAACUCGUUAAAAAAAAUAAGCAUUAUAUAUUGUUAAGUAUGUUGGCUUAACCAACAUGAAUGUGAAAAACAACAGCUGUGCUUGAACAAAAAAUCUGAUAGGGAGCAAAAUUGACCAUGAUUGCGCAGUUAAUUUAAUAUUAAUUUCGUUUUACGAAACUUGUUGUGGCACAUCCAACUUUCAUCUUAUCAAUUUAUUUGUUGCCAAAUACUUAUAACGUAUGAUAUGCAUGGUGCAAUAUGAACUUGAUUCAAAUUGUGUGUAUGUUUGUUUAGGUACAUGUAGUUAUAUAUUUAUUGUUAUGUGACAAUACAUGAAAAGAUAUUA